AUGCUGUAUACAUUGAUUGUUUUUACACUGAUUCUUGGAAGUAUUUCGUCAAUACCAACUGAUGAAUUACCACAGAGUCGAAAUGCAGCAUUUGAAUUUCGAGAAAUGAUCACAAAACUAACUGGCCGUUCAGCCAUGGAUUAUCUUGGUUAUGGAUGCCAUUGUGGUCUUGGUGGCAAAGGAAAACCAGUAGAUGGAGUUGAUAGCUGUUGUCAAACUCAUGAUAAAUGUUAUGCUGAUACUUCUACAUAUAUUCAAUUUUGGAAUUUAUGCUCACCCCAUUUAGUUGGCUAUGGAUGGAAUGUUAACAAUAAUGUUGUUACAUGUACUGGUGAUAAAAAUACAUGUGGAUAUAAAACGUGUAUGUGUGAUAAAGUCGCUGUGGAAUGUUUUGCUCGAAAUCAAUACAAUACGCAAUAUAAAGGAUAUAGUCAAAACUCAUGCUCAUAA